AUGGUCGCAAGCGCGGGACAGCUCAACUCCCUUGGUUCGACCGCACUUCUCACACUCACCAUUGCGCAACUUGGCGCCGCAGCAGCGGUUGGGUCACUACAACGAUAUGGAGCGGAGUUGGCAGAGACGACAUUGGUGAGGAGGAAAGUGAAUACAACGGACAUACCUGCGCCAAUAUCGAUUGCACCGAGUCAGUACUGGGAUGGCAUUGACGGGCCAUGGUCAUCCUUUGCGCUACAAGUCGGGACACCAGCCCAGAAUGUACGAGUCUUUGCAUCUACGGCAGCACCCAUCACCUGGACGAUAGGAGCGGAUGGAUGUCCACCGGGCUACGUGGCAGAUUGCGCAAACAGUCGCGGUUUCCUCUUCCUCCCAAAUCAAUCCUUGACCUGGGUUCCUAACAGCCGAUUCAACUUCGCCUUAGAAGACAACCUUGGCAUGGACACCAACGGCAACGCUGGUUUCGAUACUGAAGUUCUGGGCUGGCAAGGCUCAGGCGGACCAACGGUGGCACAUGCUACCGUCUUCAACGUUGCGAGCGCGCAAUACUGGCUUGGAGCAUUCGGCUUGAAUCCUCUACCGACCAACUUCACCACAUUUACCAACCCACAACCAUCGUUUAUGCAGCAACUGCUGAACAACAAUACCAUUCCUUCGCUUUCGUAUGCCUAUACAGCUGGGAACCAGUAUCGAUUGAACAAAGUCUUUGGAUCGUUGACACUCGGUGGAUAUGACUUGAAUCGAUUCGGCAGCAACAAUAUCACCGUGGAUAUGUAUUCGGAUGUUUCUCGUGAUUUGCUAGUGUAUGUGCAGGGCAUAAAUUCUGGGACCGCCAAUCUGCUUCCGAGCGGUACUAUCUCAAUGUACAUCGACUCCACGAUCGCGACCAUCUGGCUGCCGGAAGAUGCCUGCAAGGCCUUCGAGACAGCCUUCGGACUCGUGUAUAACGAAGACUAUGGUCUUUACCUCAUGAACAGCAGUCAGCGCACAACCCUACAAGCAACGAACCCCAGUGUGACGUUCACCCUUGGUGCCAACCAGACCGGAGGCAGCACAGUCGCCAUCGAACUCCCAUACAAAGCCUUCGACUUGACAGUCCAGUACCCCAUGAUCUCGAACCCAAACACGAGCUACUACUUCCCUCUCAACCGAGCCGCAAACGACACCCAAUACACCCUCGGCCGCACCUUCCUCCAAGAAGCCUACCUGAUAGUAGACUACGAACGCCAACACUUCAAAGUCGCCCCCUGCACCUGGAACCAAGCCGCCAUCCAAAGCCCCCUCAUCCAAAGGAUAAAAAGUACCAACUCCACCAAAAACGGCGACGACAACGGUAACAGCGGCAAUGGCGGCAUCUCAGCCGGCACAAUAGCAGGCGUAGUCGUCGCCAUCGUCGCCGCAAUCGCCAUCCUAGCCGCCCUCCUCUGGUUCUUCCGCCGCCGCAAGCGCACUCAAAAGCAACGUGCGUCGGAACUCGAAGCGAAAGAGCAAUCCGGCGCGGCGAAAGAAUCCUCCGACAACGAAAACAAACCCUUUAUCUCCAACCCCAUGGGCGGCGAGCUCGGCGGGGGCGAAAUCCACGAGUUGACCGCGCCACACAAGCCGUUCGCGCAGGAGAUGGAGAGUCCGCAUAAAGUGGAUCCGAACAAAGCGGGUUACAGUGAGAUGGGGGAUGGCGAGUAUUUUGGUCCUGGGAAGGGGUUUGCGCAUGAGAUGCAAGGGAACGAUCAGCCGGUUUAUGAGAUGGCGGGGUCGGAUGUGCAUGAGAUGCCUACACAUGAGAGGAGGUUGGGGGAGGAUAAAUAG